AUUUGAGUUAUAAGUGAUAUUUUGCUUAAUUUAUGUAAUAUUGGUAUUCGAGAAAAUAAAUUAAUUUUUGGUCUGGUACACUCGACAGGGCGUAUCUGAGUGUUCUGGAAUGGCACAGGAAAACGAAGUAAUUAGCAAAGAGAAAGCAUCGUCUAACGAUACUACAUCAUCUUCUUCAGUGGAUACCUGUAACAUUACUUCAAUCGAUAGCGUUCAGUCCGAAGGCCACGAUGAACCUGGGUCAGUUAAUGAACAAAAAAUGCAGUCCGAAUCGUCCGAAACUAUUAAAGAGGGAAAUAAAACAAAUAAAGGCAAUGAAACUGCGCAAAACGAAGCAGUUGAUGGAGAGGAGUCUUCACUAUCUUCGGAAACCUUGGAUCUUGAAUCACUUCAUGAUGUUGGAAUAACAGUACAUAUACAGAGUCCAGGUGCUGAAAUACUGUCAGUUCAACUGUCUAGUAUGGAGUUGGUACAGGAAAUCCACCAAUUGCUGAUGGAUCGAGAAGAUACUUGCCAUAGGACAUGCUUUUCCUUACAGUUGAACGGUAUAACAUUAGAUAAUUUUGCAGAAUUAAAAACAAUUGAAGGCUUAAAACACGGAUCGACAAUCAAAGUAAUCGAAGAACCUUAUACUAUGCGUGAAGCACGUAUUCAUGUACGUCACGUACGUGAUUUAUUAAAAAGCAUGGACCCAUCUGAUGCAUACAAUGGUGUAGAAUGUAAUUCAUUAACAUUCCUACAUACUAUUACGCAAGGAGAUUUAUUAGAAAAGAAAAAAAGUCGAUCUGAUUCCGUGGAUUGCACACCACCAGACUACGUGAUGCCUGGUGUGAAAGAAGCUCCACUAAUUCCAUUACAACCGGGGUUGAAAAAUUCGAAAGGACCGCAAGCUCUUAAAAUCUUGACUAGUUCUGCUUGGAAUCCUCCCCCAGGACCUCGUAAAUUACAUGGUGAUCUAAUGUACUUAUAUGUUGUAACCAUGGAAGAUAAACGCUUUCACAUUUCGGCUUGUCCUAAAGGAUUUUAUAUAAAUCAAUCUACAGAUGAAGUUUUUAAUCCAAGACCAGACAAUCCAAGCCAUUUAAGUCAUUCAUUAAUAGAUUUGCUAUCGCAAAUCUCUCCAUCUUUUAAACGCGCAUUUCAGCAAAUGCAAAAGAAGCGAACUUUGCGCCACGCCUUUGAACGUGUUGCUACCCCUUAUCAGGUGUAUCAAUGGACAGCACCACAAUUGGAACAUACAAUUGACGCAAUUCGUGCUGAAGAUGCCUUUUCAUCAAAAUUAGGAUAUGAAGAGCACAUCCCUGGACAGACGCGUGACUGGAAUGAGGAAUUACAAACAACUCGUGAACUGCCACGAAAAACUCUACCAGAACGUUUGUUACGCGAACGUGCUAUUUUUAAAGUACAUGGCGAUUUUGUUAUUGCAGCCACCCGUGGAGCUAUGGCAGUAAUAGAUGGUAAUGUUUUGGCCAUAAAUCCAGGAGAGGAUCCAAAAAUGCAAAUGUUUAUAUGGAAUAACAUAUUUUUUUCCUUGGGUUUUGAUGUACGAGAUCAUUAUAAAGACUUGGGCGGAGAUGUUGCCGCAUUUGUCGCUCCUCGAAAUGAUCUUCAUGGCGUACGUGUUUAUAGUGCUGUUGAUAUAGAGGGCCUAUAUACAUUGGGAACGGUAGUUAUAGAUUACCGUGGUUACCGAGUAACGGCACAAUCUAUUAUUCCCGGUAUUUUGGAGCGGGAACAAGAGCAGUCUGUCGUUUACGGUUCAAUAGAUUUUGGUAAAACUGUUCUAAGCCAUCCGAAAUAUCUCGAACUGUUGCGAAAGGCGGGAAAACAUUUAAAGAUUAUGCCUCACUCCGUACUAAACGAAAACGAUGAGCCAGUAGAGUUAUGUUCCUCGGUUGAAUGUAAAGGUAUUAUUGGCAAUGAUGGCAGACAUUAUAUUCUCGAUUUACUCCGCACGUUUCCACCAGACGUUAAUUUCUUGGUUUUGGAUGACAUCGAUUUAUGUCCCGAACUGAAAUCUUUAGGAUUUCCAAUAGAGCAUAAACACAAACUUUCUUGUUUACGACAAGAGCUACUCGAAGCAUUCAUCGAAGAUCGUUAUGUUACUUUUAUUCGAAGUGCAGCGCAACAUUUACAAAAUUUUAAUUCCCAAAAAACAACAGUUGAAAAUAAUAACGAAGUCACAAAUGAAGAAAAUGGCAUUGCUCAAACGGAAAAUGAAAAACAAAUUGAAUUAAAAGCGAAUAAAAACCAGAAUGAUGUUAUGGUGAAAGCUUUAGAUGCAAUCAAAGAAGCCCAACUUAAAGUCUCUACUUCAGAUGAAACACAGGCAUCUGACGUUGUGAAAUAUGCUUGUGCCGCUGUUGGGUCAUUAAAAGAACAGGAGUUUGAUUUUCGCUUCAACCCAGAUGUGUUUUCUCCGGGAAUUCGUCAUGUUGACGACCCAACUUCUUUCAAUGCAAUUUCUAAACAAAAAAAGCUCAUUCAGGAUGCUUCAGAGUUUUUGGUUAAAAAACAAAUUCCAUCUUUUAUAAAAGAGCACAUGAAUCACACAUCGCCACCAAUGGAUGGCACUAGCUUAACGGAAGCUUUGCAUAGUCACGGCAUUAAUAUCAGGUAUCUUGGAAAAGUCAUACACAUGCUAGAAAAAAUACCGCGGAUGGAAUAUUUGCACAGGAUUGCUGUUGUGGAAUUAAUUGUGCGGUCUACUAAACACAUUUAUUAUUCAUAUAUGCAGAACACCGAUGCGAUGCACUUGUCCAAUGCCAUUAGUCAUUUUUUGAAUUGCUUUUUGUCGUCAGGACCGGCAAGUGUUACAAGUAACUCAAAUGACUCAAGUAAAUCAAAUCGGCGAGGAAAAAAUAAAAAACUUUCUAAAAAUGCUAAUGCUUCUGGAAAUAAAAAUGCUUCAGCUGCCGAGAAUAGCGAUUGGCUGCAAGUUACCCCAAAGUCGCUUUGGUUACAAAUAAAGAAAGAAGUAAAGUCGUACUGGGAUUACGAACUAAAAUGUGACUCAAUUGAAACUGCCGUUGAAGUGUAUGGCUUUCAUAGAAUAAGUGUGUUGCGUGCUUUCUGUUUAAAGGUUGGCAUUCAAGUACUCCUGAGAGAGUACAAUUUUGAAUUACGAAAUAAAACAACAUUUACCGAAGAGGACAUACUAAAUGUUUUCCCCAUUGUUAAGCAUAUAAGUCCUCGUGCAUCAGAUGCUUACAACUUUUACACGACAGGACAGUCUAAAAUACAGCAAGGAUUAUUCAAGGAAGGAUAUGAACUUAUUAGUGAAGCUCUUAAUCUCUUAAAUAAUGUAUUUGGGGCUAUGCAUUCGGAGAAUGGCUCCUGCUUACGAAUGUUAGCGCGCCUUAGCUAUUUAUUAGGAGAUCCCCAGGAGGCUCUUGCAAUACAACAACGGUCAGUCAUUAUGAGCGAGCGUGUUAAUGGCAUCGACCACCCUUGCACUGUAUUGGAAUAUACACACUUGUCACUAUAUUGCUUUGCUAAUGGACAAAUUGGAGCAUCUUUGAAACUACUAUAUCGUGCUCGCUACUUAUUAGUUUUGAUAUGCGGGGAAGACCAUCCAGAAGUUGCUCUUAUAGAUAGUAAUAUUAGCCUUAUUUUACAUGCUGUUGGGGAGUACGAGCUAUCUCUACGAUUUAUUGAACAUGCAUUGGAGUUAAAUUUAAAAUAUUUUGGAGAAAAAUCUAUGCAUGUUGCUGUUAGCUACCAUUUAGUUGCAAGAACUCAAUCAUGCAUGGGAGACUUUCGAUCAGCUUUAAACAAUGAAAAGGAAACUUAUGCCAUUUAUAAAUCUCAGUUGGGCGAAACUCAUGAAAAAACCCGGGAAUCAGCGGAAUGUUUACGUUUGCUCACACAACAGGCCGUACUGUUGCAACGCAAAAUGAACGAUAUAUAUUCAAAUGGCAAAUUGAGUACAGGACUACCGCCGAUUCACAUACAACCGCCUACUAUGGGCUCUGUUUUGGAGAUGCUUAACACAAUAAACGGAAUAUUGUUCGUUCAAAUCAGUCAAAAGGAUAUAGCUAAAGUGCGCACUGAGAUAGAAAAACACUUGAAGAGUACAAGCGAUGGUACCGAUGCAAUUGAAGCAGCUAAGGAUGAAGGCAUUUCCGAAAACACAGAUGCUUUGUUGAAUUCUCCAAAAAAGACUGACAUAUUGAUCGACGUCAAUAAUGGAACUGGUGACAAAGAUUUAAAAAGUUGAGUGGUUAGUUUAUUGUGAUUAAACCUAAUAAUGAUACAUAAUAUGGAUUAUUAUAUUAAUAAAAAAAAGUUUGCGAGUCUGCCAUUUAAAA